AUGGACUACAAGACCCAGCGUUCCUUGAGCGCGCCCUGUGCGAAGCGGGGAGACGGGGCUUUACAGCGGCGGGCUGUGAGGGAAUCCCCAACGUCACCGCCUCGGGAACUCCGGAACCGCGGGAGAGCCGAGCGGGGCCGGAGCUCGGAGCCCGCCGGGCCCUGCCCAGGCGUGUGCGAGGGAGGCGGCCGCCCGGCUCCGCACGCAGAAGCAGCCAAAAUGCUUGAUGAAGAUGAGAUGUUGAAUAAUAUUCCAAAGCCUUCUGUGGUUAAUUUGCCUAACAAGAUAACAGGUUCCUCACAGCCACAAAGCCCAGAAAGGACCAAGAUCCAGUCUACUGCUGCAGAUGGUGUGUCCUACCUAGAUGAAUGUAGAGACAUCAUCAAGGAGCAGUCAAUCCUUGGCCAGAGGAAAAGAAUCCUUCCAGUUUGGAUGUUAGCAGAAAAUUUAAGUGAUCCAAAUCUUUCAGCACCUAUUAUCUGUGGAGAAAACAGUGUCAUCCAUCGAAGUGGAAAAGAAGGAAUAUGCAAAGAUAAAGCCCCAGUGAAAAUAGCAUGGCAAGGAACAAAGCGAUUAAUAUCAUUGGGAAAUUUAGAAAUCAUACAAGCAGAACAAGAUGCUGGAAAAAAGUAUAAAACCUCUGAUCAAGAAGGACCUGCCAUUACAUCCAAGAAAGUGCUAGAACCAUUUUCUGCAAUCACAUUAAGCAACACAGAUAUGAAUACUAUGAAGACUAAUACACAGAGAAAGGAUAUUGCAGAAGAGGAGCUUAGUGAAGUCUCCAAACAUGAAAUCCUCACUAAAGGAACACCAAAUAAAGAAGGCGAGGCAGUGAGAUAUGAGAGUCCUUCCAUUGUCCAAGGCCAUUCAUUCCCUGAGGAGUCUCAAGGAUCCCACUUGGAGUCUAGCUCUGGUUCCACCAGUCCUGAAACUUGGCAUGCUCAAGCAUCCGAUUUAGUUCCCGGAGGCUCAGAAGGAAACAAGGUCAAGAGGACGUCCUGUAUGUAUGGAGUAAACUGCUACAGGAAGAAUCCUGUCCAUUUUCAACACUUCAGCCAUCCUGGUGAUUGUGAUUAUGGAGGUUCACAAGUCCUUGAUGGAGGUGAGACUGAUGACCGGCCUGAGUGUCCCUAUGGGGUGUCUUGUUACAGGAAGAAUCCCCAGCACAAGGUAGAAUAUAGACAUAGUACGCUUCCAGAGGAAGAUGAUGGUGUUGGGCCACCCAGUGAGUGUGACCUGAAUGAUGAAGAGUGUGAGCUCACAGACGAGGAUUCUGACUGGAAUCCAGGAAAGGAAGAUGAAGAGCAAGAAGAUGUAGAAGAGCUUUUACAGGAAGCAAAAAAGAUUAUGAAAGGAAAAAAAUAACUUCUGUAAUAGUAGAAGUCUCACAUAUAUAUUUUUUCUAUGGGAAAAAGUCAGGAACUGAUUAGCACUUAAGUGGUUGUUUUCCUUCUUUCCAUAAGUCUUGCAAAUGGCCUUGAGACAUCAGCCCUCAGUGAGCCAGGUUGUUUUGUUUCCUUUUUUAAAAUUCCUAUUUGCAGCAUCUGGAACUAGCAAUCAGACAAAGAAGUUAAAGAGUAACUGAUAUUUUUCAUAUACUUUGAAUACUGGUAAUAA